UUUUUUUUUUUCUUUCCUUCUGUAUUUUAAUAUGGUUCGUUCACUUAAAGUUACCAAAGUGAAUCACCCUGUUCAACUGUUACUUGAUGAACAAGGUUUGCGCAUUGAAGGUGAUCUCAACGCUAUGGGAAGAAACCCUAGCAAAAACAAUAAAAUAGUUUGUUGCUGCAUACCUGUUUCUGAGGGUAAUGGUCCUGACCCAACAUUAUUGCCUAUUGAUAACGAAUACAUUUUAAACGCUUAUUAUCAUGAACGAACCAAGACUGUGCAUAUUUAUUGCGUUUUGCCUUUAGAUAGAGCAGCAGAAGAAUCUCCGGCUGAUAUCUUCAGCUUUAUUUACUCGGUACAGGACGAGCAAAGACAAAUAGCUGAAGCUUUUUGUAAAGAAAUAAUAGAUCAAGCUUAUCAAGGCAUUAAAUUCGGAAAGCGACUUUUGGUCUUGAUCAAUCCUUUUGGUGGUCAAGGCAAAGCAAGAGAAAUAUUUGAAUACCAUGUACGCCCUAUUUUUGAUUAUGCUAAAUGCACUAUUGAAGUAAAAAAUACUGAACAUCAAGGCCAUGCUUUACAAAUUGCACAAGAUUUGGACAUCGAUGCUUAUGAUGCUAUUAUCGCUGUUAGUGGUGAUGGUGUUAUUCAUGAAAUAAUCAAUGGUUUCUUAAAGAGACCUGAUGCUAGAGAAGCGAUGAAAAAAGUGUCUUUAGGUAUCAUUCCAGGUGGCACAAAUAACUCGCUGGCCAUCUCGAUAUUAGGAGAAAAGAGAGGUUUUGAUCCCGAAUUUAAUGCUCUCCAAAUCAUUAAGGGUAAGCCUAUGGCUCUUGAUUUAUGUUCUGUUGUAUAUGAUGAUCAUCGCUAUUUUUCUUUCUUGUCUCAAAAUUAUGGCAUCACUGCAUACGCUGAUCUUGGUACUGAACAUUUACGAUGGAUGGGCGACACACGUACGGUUAUUGGUAUGCUACAAGAAAUCCUUGGACGUAAAUCAUACAGAAUUCAAGCUGCUAUUCAAGUGGUUGAGUCUGAUAAAAACCGAAUCAAAGCAAAAUACAAGGACGCAUUUAAAAAAGAAAGUCGUGAGCCUAUGAAUGAACUCGAAGGACAAGUAGUUGACGGAAUGCCUAACUUGUCAGAACCUUUGCCUACGGAUUGGUUAGUGAUUGAUGGUGAUGUUGCAUUCUUCUUGGCAAGCAAAGUUCCCUUGUUGGCUCGAGGUAUGUUGAGUCAUCCUUGCGCUUUGCCUAGUGAUGGCACUAUCGAUUUAAUGCUUGUCCGUGGUAAACCUGGAGUUUUGAAACAAUUGGAUGUCUUUACCAAGGUUGAAACAGGCAAACAUAUGGACAGUGAUAUUGUAAGUGGAAUGAACCUAUGCAGUUUAUUUUGACACGUAUUUUUUUCUUUUUUAGAUUGAAUAUUAUAAGGUCAAAGCAUUUAGAUUGACUCCUGUACUCAAGCCUGGUGAAAAGGCUUUUGUUUCUAUCGAUGGUGAGCAUGCACCAUGUAAACCUUUUCAGGUAGAGGUCCAUCCUCGAUUAGCUUCAGUCCUAACUCUCAAACCAACUUUUCUUGACUCUAAACUCUGAUUUCUUUUUUAAUUACCUGUCCUUGACAUCUAAAGACAAUAAAAUAUGAUUAUAAAGUAUAA